GUUGGAGGACCGAACCAGAGGCUGAUGUGGCUCCCACAGGGCUCGCUGGGGAAACGGCACUGGGAGGGAGCCCUGCAUACAGGUCCCCCAGGUAGCCAUGGAUUUGGGUCUCUUGGGCCUGACACUUGCACCCCAGAGUCGCAGCAAGACCCUGCAGGGAACACGGGGCAGGGGCCCAGUCUUGCGUCGGCAGCGGGAGUUCCUGCCAGAAGAGAAGAAGGACACAGCCUACUGGGAAAAGCGGAGGAAGAACAAUGAAGCGGCCAAGAGAUCCCGGGAGAAGCGACGUCUCAAUGACCGGGCGCUGGAGGGCAGGCUGUCCGCACUGCUCCAGGAGAACGCUCUGCUCAGAACUGAGCUGAGAGCACUCAAGUGUCACUUUGGCCUUCUGCCGCCUGUUGGUGGCACCCGGAGCCUGCCCUUGCAGGUGCUGUGGACGUCCCCCUGGACUGAAGACCCCCUGCAGGGGGCUGGACCACUCCCCUCUCUGCCUGGCUCCCAUGGCUGCAUCUUGAGGCCCUGUUGCCUGGACACUGGGGUUCCAGGAUGCCAGGGCUGCCAAGUGGCUCACAGGUGGACUGGCCUGGCCACUUCCUCCAGGUUUUCCCAGGACCCUGCCCCCACUGACCCUAAGACAAUGGAUGUGGCCUUGCAAGCUGCUCUCCCAGCCACCUUCUUUACCUGUCACAUCCUGGGUGGGCAUGGGAGUCCAAGACCUGAGCUCAGGCCCUGUUGGGGACUAUGGUCUCCUGUACCCACUGGUUGCCAGACCUCAGGGCCCUCAGAUAUGUUACUGACACCCACUGUUGAUCCCAUGGGAUUGCCUCCCAGGGUGGCCUGCCCCGUCCCAGGGAACAAUCCCGAGGGUCUGGCCGAGCCCUCCCUGCCCCAUAAACUGCGCAUCAAAUCUCGAGCCUCCAGCAGAGCACCUGGGGGCUGCAAGAGUGGUCAGGGACCCCUCUGAGGGCUUUCCCUGGGCAGGGCCAGGACUCAAGCGUUGGUUGGGGCUGAGCAUGGGUUGAUCUGGGUGGAUGAGUGGCUUGGCCUUGGCUCAGUUCCCAGUGCUGAGCAAGGCCUGUGAG